AUGGCACCAGUUCCAACAGCAUCAUUCGACUCCACCCCUUUCGUGGACAGUCUGCAGCGGCCGCUCAUCAUGCUAGCCGUCAUCCCGUUCGUCUAUGUUGGAUACAGAAUCUGCAGGACGAUCGCGGCCCUGGUCAAGGCGAUUUUCAUCUACGUGAUUAGCGCCGUUGUUCUACAAGCCCAACCUUGUCCAAUACGUGAAUCGAUGGACAGUGGUGACUGGAGGAACCGAUGGCAUUGGAAAAGCGUAUACGAUCGAGUUGGCAAAGAGAGGAUUGAGCAAAUUUGUGCUCAUCGGACGAAAUCAGACAAAACUGAGCGAUAUGAAAACACUUCUAGGGAACACGUUUGUGAUAGCAGAAAAAGCGCAAGUUAUCCGGUACACGUGAAUUCUCCUAAGAUGUAG